GUGAGAGGAAGGCCUCCGUGGACGGCGAAAGGAGGGGGAAGCGGGUGCGAGAGACUAAAUAUAUAUUAUAUUUUUAUAUGUUUGGUCUCUUCUCUCGCUCUCCACCCUCUCUGUGAUUUACGCGGCCAUUUUUUUUUCUCAGCGAUAUCAAUAAAGAGGCGCUAAUCAACUAAAGGCGAUGGGCGCGGGCGGACGAAUGACGGCGAAAGAGCGGGAGGACCAGUCGGCGACGGCCUACGGCCCCGACGAGGACCCCUCCCUCCGGCGGUCGCCGACGGAGAAACCCCCAUUCACAUUGAGCCAGAUCAAGAAGGCCAUCCCCCCGCACUGCUUCCAGCGGUCCGUCCUCCGCUCCUUCUCCUACGUCGUCCACGACCUCGUCAUCUCCGCCGCCCUCUUCUACGUCGCCCUCGCCGUCAUCCCGACCCUCUCCCCGCCGCUCCUCCGCCUCGCCGCCUGGCCUCUCUACUGGGCCGCCCAGGGCUGCAUCUUCACCGGCGUCUGGGUCAUCGCCCACGAGUGCGGCCACCACGCCUUCUCCGACUCCUCCCUCCUCGACGACCUCGUCGGCCUCGUCCUCCACUCCGCCCUCCUCGUCCCCUACUUCUCCUGGAAGAUCAGUCACCGCCGCCACCACUCCAACACCGGCUCGCUCGACCGCGACGAGGUCUUCGUCCCCAAGCGCAAGUCCGCCCUCCCUUGGUACUCCAGGUACAUCAACAACCCCCCGGGCCGCCUCCUCACCUUGGCGGUGACCCUGAUCCUCGGGUGGCCCCUGUACCUCGCCUUCAACGUCUCCGGCCGUCCGUACCCCCGGUUCGCCUGCCACUACGACCCCUACGGCCCGAUCUACUCGGACCGGGAGCGGGCCCAGAUCUUCAUCUCCGACGCGGGCGUUCUCGCGGCGUUCUACGCGCUGUGCCGGCUCGCAGGGGCGUUCGGCUUCUGGUGGGUUGUGCGGGUCUACGGUGUGCCGCUGCUGAUCGUGAACGGUUGGCUGGUGACGAUCACGUACCUGCAGCACACCCACGCGGCGCUGCCGCACUACGACUCGGGCGAGUGGGACUGGUUCCGCGGGGCGCUGGCCACGGUGGACCGGGACUACGGGGUCCUCAACCGGGUGUUCCAUCAUAUCACGGACACCCACGUGGCGCACCACCUCUUCUCUACCAUGCCUCACUACCAUGCCAUGGAGGCCACCAAGGCCAUCCGUCCCAUCCUUGGAGAGUACUACCAGUUCGACGGGACGCCGGUGUUCAAGGCAUUGUGGAGGGAGGCGAGGGAGUGCAUCUACGUGGAGCCGGACGAAGGGGGAGAGAAGAAGGGCGUCUUCUGGUACCGGCACAAGUUCUGAAGAUAAGUAGGAGAAAACGUUAGGACCUGACUGGCAACGGCACCGGGACGAUGACCGCCAGAUGCCCCCAGUGAGUGUUCUCUUUUUUACCAAGCGGGGUGGGAUUUUAGUGGUGGUGGUACGUCCACUAGUGUUUGUCCCCCUUUUUUUCUUAUUUUUGGUGUUACCGCUGCUCUUUUUGCUUUUCUUUCAUGGUUCUUGUGUUGGCCUCUCUUGUUCUCUCUGCGGUUCCUCUGUUUCAGUUGCUCUGGAAAUAACGGUGAAAGAUUAUGAGGAAAAAGAAGCAUUUGGAGGAAACAGAAAAGAAGAAAAUUUUUGAUUUGCUUUC